CUCAGAACCAGACACGACCAAAUAAUAUAAGCUACAGCAACUAAAAUUGGGUAUAGACUAAUCCAGAUCCACAUGUCUCACUUGAGAUUCAGUCGAAUAAGACUAAGCUACUUUCUUGCUGGCAUAGGACUGUAUGACUGUAUGAAAGCUAGUAGUGUUUAUUGUGCUAUAAGGGCAUGCUGAAUCAGGUAACAACACAUCCUUUAUGUGAGUGUUGAGGAGAGGCGGAGAAACCACUGGGGCGGGCUGGGCUCGCAGGAUCCUCUUCCUGUGUGAGUACACACACGCUCUUUAUUCACCGCACUUUUUACACUCGUGCUUACGGUCCACCGAGAAUCAUCCACUGGAAUAAGGAGAAAUGGUUGAAUGAAAGAAGUGCUACCCCCUCCGCCCGCUAAACGUGGGCUAGGAGAGGACGGACAGAGUAUCCAUUCUACCAAGCUCCAGUUCACCACUAGACAGUCUUCAGAGGACCAGAGAUCCAUAAAGGACAAACCGGCCUUCCAUCGACGACCAAUCUACCGAAGCGCAGCUCAGAAAGGUGACUCAUGGAUGAAGUACACAUCUAGAAAGAACUGCCAGUGAACAUAGUUGUGAAUUCACCUUCUUCUAGAGAAUGUGGUUUCCCCUCUCUGCAGUUUACUCAAUUUCCGACCAUGACAAAAAAUGUGUCAUUAUCUCUAAACAUGAGACCAGUGGAACAUAGGACAAGUCAAAGAGAGACAGACAUUCUCUCGGGGGUCUGUAAUGGAACCUCAGCAUCAGGCAGGAAGGAAAGAACAAGGUGAACAGAGAAAGUACUGGGACCACGUGUGAUGUGACUCACUGAUGAAUAGCGUCUGCUACCAAUGACUGGAUCAGAAAUAGAAAGGUUCUGGACCUCGUUGAGCCUUCCUGGGCCUCAUCCAGGGGAGAAGGCGGCGUGGCCAAUGGGCCUCAACCUUGACCACAGACAUACGGAUGAAGAACCCAGACAUUGGUGUAAGCAAUGUACAAUGAGUUAAAUAAUGAGCCAAGUUAUCAUUCAGGCUGAUCUUCUCUGGUUAGUCAGACAUUAAUAACAAUCACACAGACAAUUCCAUUCUAGUGGACGGUGAGACUGUAUUCACUGCUGGAGGGUAAGGUGUGUCCAGUUGUGUGUGUUUCCCUGGAUCCUCUGGGUGAUAGCGGGAUGCUGCGGAGGGGUCUGCUGGCCUGGGUGUCCCGUGUGGGCGUUCUGCUGGUCCUAGUGUGCUGCUCUCUGUCCCUCCUCUACGUCAUGACCUGCAGCCCCCACUCCGAGGACAACCUGGUGAGCCACGCCCUGCCACGCCCCGGGAUGGGGAUCGGGGUAGGAGGGGCAGCAGGGGGCACGAGGGCGGCUCAGAGCGGACCCACUGGGCGGAAUGGAUACCAAGCCAUGCUUGCAGAGCGCGAGGAGCAACACAAGCUCCACAUCACUAGUUUAAAGAAACAGAUCGCCCAGCUGAAGGAGGCGCUACAGGAGCGCAGCGAGCAGCUGAAAGGAGUUCAAGACUCCAUGGAGCGGGGGACAGGGGGAGGCCGGGGUGGCCAGUCCCCAGGAGGAGGUAUCCUCGGGGAGGGAGGACAAGGGCCAGGGGCCGACAGGAGCCACGCUGACCUUCAGGAGUUCCUCCACAGUCAGCUGGGCCGGGCGGAGGUCCACCAGGGGACUAGACUACCCAGUGAGUACGCCAUGGUGCCCUUCGAGAGCUUCACCCUGCAGAGGGUGUACCAGCUGGAGAUGGGCCUGACAAGGCACCCUGAGGAGAAGCCUGUGAGGAAGGACCGGAGGGAUGAGCUGAGUGAAGCACUAGAGACAGCCCUGCAGAGUCUCAACACCCCCCGCAACGGAGCAGACAAGGGCCACACCACCAAGGUCUACUCAGCAUCAGAUUUCAUAGAAGGUAUCACUCGGACGGAGAAGGACAAAGGCACUGUGUAUGAGCUCACCUUCAAAGGUGACCAGAGCCGUGAGUUCAGGAAGCUGGUUCUGUUCCGUCCCUUUGGGCCGCUGAUGAAGGUGAAGAACGAGAGGGUGGACACGGCUAAUGUCCGCAUCAAUAUCAUAGUGCCCCUCUCCCAACGAGCCGACAAGUUCAGACACUUUAUGCACAACUUCAGAGAGGUGUGUGUGCGGCAGGACGGGCGUGUCCACCUAACUGUGGUGUACUUUGGGAAGGACCAAAUGAAUGAAGUCAGGAGCACGCUGGAGAAUACAUCUAGGGAAAUCAACUUUAAGAACUUCACUCUGCUCCAGCUGAAUGAGGAGUUCUCCCGGGGGCGUGGCCUGGAUGUGGGCGCCAGGGCGUGGAAAGGAGGGAACGUUCUCCUUUUCUUCUGUGAUGUCGACAUCUACUUCACCGCUGACUUCCUCAACACCUGCCGACUCAACACUCAACCUGGUGAGGGAGGUAAAAAGGUGUUCUAUCCCGUUCUGUUCAGCCAGUACAAUCCAACCCUGAUUUACGGUAACCACGACCACAUCCCUCCAGUGGAGCAGCAACUGGUCAUUAAAAAGGAUACAGGAUUCUGGAGAGACUUUGGCUUCGGAAUGACUUGCCAAUACCGAUCAGAUUUCAUCAACAUAGGUGGUUUCGAUGUGGACAUCAAAGGCUGGGGCGGCGAGGACGUGCACCUUUACAGGAAGUACCUUCACAGCAACCUGCUGGUGGUGCGGUCCCCGUCUAGGGGCCUCUUCCACCUGUGGCACGAGAAGCGCUGCGCGGACGAGCUACCCCCGGAACAGUACAGGAUGUGCAUGCAGUCCAAGGCCAUGAACGAGGCCUCGCACGGCCAGCUGGGCAUGCUCUUCUUCCGACACGAGAUCGAGGCACACCUACACAAGCAGAAACCCCAGAGGCCAAACCCUGUCAAGAAGACAUGAUGAAAACAUGAUGAAGACAUGAUGAGGGAGUCACACAGGACUCUAGACUACAGGAGGAGGGCAUGACAGUAUGGCAGUCAGAGACAGUGAAGGGGAAACAACAACAGAACAGAGAUCUAUUGUUGUGAACUGAUGACAACAAUACUGACUCACUACGGAGGAAAAACCCUCCAUUUUAUCCUCCAAUGGCAAAACGGACAUAUAAAACACACGUAAGGCACCUGUCAUAUCUUGAAGAAGUGAGAGCACUGUAAAACAGUGAGAGUCAAAAGGAGCAGCAGAAAGACUUGACUGCUCCGCUGUAUUUUGUUUAAAAUCAUGUGCCUUGUGUUGACUGACUGACAGCUGGUUUUGAGAAUCAUGAUGUGGCAUCUGCUGGUAUUUCUUGAAGGCUAGAUAAAGACUAGAACUAUAUUUUCCUGUAGCCUAUUAGAGACACCUUGUGGACUGGAAGAGAACAGCAUGACUGUGAAUGGAAUGAGGAUACUCUAAAUCUUAAGUCAUGUCAGCUGGUUUACGUGACUCUCCUCAGAACUGAUGAUCAAUCAAUACAUUAAAACAGGCAUUACUGAGGGUUGUGUAGAGAGACAAUGACAACAAUGGAGGGACAUGGAAGCUUUUAGAUAUUCAUUAUUUCUCAAGCUCCACAGAAUCAUUAUACAGAUGUAGUAACCUAAUUUGAUCACUCCUUUGUUGCUGAUCAUUUUCCUGCACUGCAGCAAAUGCAUAUGAGCUUUGUGAGUUACAUAAAUUCACAGAAAACCCCAACUCUAGCCCUGUUUACACCCGGUGCUAACAUGGGUCCUUUGUGCACAAUCAGAAUGUGGACAAAAUCAGGACAAAUUACGCAAGUUAGAACCAGGUAUAAACGAGGUUAAUACACGGUUAUAUUAACAGUAUUGCACUUUUUAUGUAGCCUACUUUUGGCCAGUUGAUAGCCAAACCACCGAUCAAGCAACAUUAUGGACUGAACGUUGCUGCAGGAUUAUUUUGCUGUGACAAAACAGGUCAAAUUAAGAUCCUACAUCUAUAGUGUACUGCUUUUUCAUUUAACUAAUCCUACAAGUGCUUUUAUGUGCUUUUUUUUUCAUCAAGAAACAAAACAGUGUAGUUUGAAGGGUGUCGUUUGAAGGGUCAAAAUAAAUAUCUAGAAUUUUUGGGGGCGGUAUUAUUAUGGUGUGCUGUUUGAGCAGGAAGCUAUGAGGGAUUUUCUGAGAGAAAAUAUGGAUACAGCGUCCAACAUAUUUCAAUGUUGUGACAUUAAGAGAUAAAACAAAGACUAUCUACAAUAGUCAAAUUAUUUUGUGUAUGGUCUAACUGUGCAAAUAAUAUAUUAUAAUAGAUAGAACACACUUCGAUUCCAUAAUUAAGUUAUAAACACAGUGUUAAAAUGGUAGAAUGGUCUUCACCCUUUAUCAGAACAUUUAGUGUUAGAAAAAAUGAAAAGCCUUGCUCCAAAAAUUAUUAUAUAUUAUUUAACAAUGUUGUUAUCUGUAUUGAUAAUAUGCCUACUCUUCCUUAGACGCUUAAAUGACGAUGGCUUGACACAAGUUUAGAGGUAGUAGAAUGCUUCCAUGUCUAUAGAGCAGUAUAAGCUAAGUAUGGGCCAGUAUAGACAGUCCAUCCACAGAGCAAUAUAGGCCAGGGGAUGGGAAGGUUAAGAAAAGGCCAGUAUGAAAGUGUAAAUUAAUUAGAAAUGUAAAGUUAGUGGCGAGGUGCCUCUGAUAUUUGAAAGUGACACAUUGUUUUUAUGUUAUCCAGAUGGAUUUCUACUGAGAGUUUUUCUUAGAGAUGUAGCCUAUCGAUGGCUAAGCGCAGUAUUAUAGAUGAACACAUUUUCACAGGCUUGACAUUCACAGCGAGUGACAAUGACUUUAUGACAUUUCACUUAUUUGUCUUAAAUGUCAGCUCUCAACAUUUUGUGUUAACUGUAUAUUAAGGUGUUUGAUUACAUUCCUCAUGAGUAUUUCAAUCCCAUGACGGUAGUGGACUGUUUCACAUGGAAUCAUUUAUAUUAACCUACAUUUGUGUUGGACCACCAAAACCUGUAAACAGAGUAAAGAAGACACACUUUUUAAUGAAUGUUUAUUUUUGAAAUGUGUUUUAUUGUUUCAUGAAAGGAUACUUCUUUCUGUUAAUAAUAAAUAGAACUGUCCUGAUGAUGUUCUUGAUUGAUUCUCAAUGCAUACCUUUUUUUCCUUCAAAUUAUUCUUUCAAGUUUUGUCUUCAGUUGAAAUGCACUUUUAUUCAUUUUGAGACCAUUGUAAUAGUUUAAAAUGAAGAAAAUAAGUUAUUUUCUGGUAUGAUGCUUCUUCCCAGAUGUUAUUUGACUCUUGCAAAAAACUGCAGUAGUCUGGAAUCUACUUUAUUCUACUCUGUCACGUUCUGACCAUAGUUCCUUUUGUAUGUCUUUAUUUUGGUUUGGUCAGGGCGUGAGUUGGGGUGGACAUUCUAUGUUGUUUUUCUAUGUUUUCCAUUUCUGUGUUUGGCCUGGUAUGGUUCUCAAUCAGAGGCAGCUGUCGAUCGUUGUCUCUGAUUGAGAAUCAUACUUCGGUAGCCUGUUUUCCCCAUUUUGGUUGUGGGUGAUUGUUUUCUGUUUUGUGCGUAUUCCUUACAGAACUGUUUCGUUUUUUGUUCUCGCUCUUUAUUAUUUUUGUCAUUUCAGUGUUCAGUUUAUUUUGUUUAUUAAAAUGAACACUUACCACGCUG